AUGCUCAGUUCGAUUGAGAAGGAGGCUUGUGUCAAACUCGUCGAGAGCUGCUUUAGCUUUCACAACAGAAACGGAAGAUUGAUUAGUACUCCCUUCGAGGAAUUACCCCACAAAGCGCACACCGUCUAUUACGAAAAAGUUAGCCAGCCCAAGAGCUUUAGGUCUGUCCUGAAUCAAUUGAAUCAAGAUCAUUAUGAUAAUCUCAAAGAUAUAUACACUGACCUCAAGCAGGUGUUUUCCAACAUGUCUUACAUCGUCCCUAAAUCCGGCCGCGAUUGGCAAGAUGCUAUACGAAUGGAUCAAUAUGUUGAUGAGGCCUGGGAACAGAAAGCAGUGGAAAAACUUCUCCCCUCUCUCGAGGUUUUAUUCCCUGACUCAUCGCACCCACGAUUAGAGCCUACCAACCGCAGGUCCAAUGCGAAUGAGGUCUCGGACUCCCAGCCCACAAGUAAAUCAUCAAUCAAGCCAAUUUCAACCGCUUCGGCUCCUCUCAAGCGAAGCCGGUCACAGUCAAUCGCUUCCUCUGCCUCAGCUGACACAGCGCGGACACCAAUUGCGAGCUCACAUGUUUCAACUACAGCCACAAGAAAUCAAAAUAAACGUAGCAGAAAAAGCUUACCCACUCCUGUCAACAACACGCCUGAUGAUGACAGUCCAAUCACCGCCAAAGAUCGUGUCCCGGAUUCGGAGUCUGGAUGGAUGAGAGAUGGCAACUCGACAAACCUGAACUCACAAGCCCUUGCGACUUUUAUCAUCACUCGACUCAAAAACGAGCGCCUUCCAGCCGAUAGUUUCUCGUCACAUUCUGUACCCCAUCAAGGUGCUUUAUCCGAUACGACUAUUGCCCAAGACUCACCUGCACUCGAGUUGGAUGUGAUUGAAGCCCAGCUGCAGAAAAACCAGUAUACGUCGAUGGAAGCCUUCGACCGAGAUCUUCAUCAAGCUUUUGUCGAUGCCGAGAGAGCUUAUCUCAAGACUCCUGAGCGCCUGGCUGGUUUGUAUGUCUUGAAACGUCUCUACCAAGAGUUGACUCAAGGAGAUGGCACGCAGACUCUCAGAGACUCGAUCCCCGUUGGAACUGCGAAAAAGCUAGCAAGCGUGACCAUGGGCCCGGGUAACCGACUGCACUUACCUCGCAACGACGAACCAGUAAAACUGAAAGCUAAGGACAAAGUCUUACUCGAAGGGAUUCAUCACAAGGGGGAUUAUAUAAGGAUUGGCGAUUGGGUUCAUAUCUUCAACCCUGACGACCCUUCACGGCCGAUCAUUGGUCAAAUCUUUAAUACUUACCGACGCGUCGAUACCGGUCGCCGGACGGUAAAUGUUUGUUGGUAUUACAGGCCCGAGGAGACUGUCCACUACAUCUCGCGAACUUUCCUCGCAAAUGAGGUCUUCAAGACUGGGAACUUCAUCGAUCAUGCGGUGGAGGAUAUCUUGGGAAGGUGCCUGGUGCUGUUUUACACAAAAUACGUGCGAGGUCGACCAUCCGCCCCCCUUUGGACACCCGAGAUGCCGACUUACAUUUGUGAGCAUAGAUACAAGGAUGAUCAAUACAGUUUCAAGAAGAUCAAAAAUUGGGAUUCCUGUGUGCCAUCGAACAUCCGAAACGAGGGCACCGAAGAAAACUUCCAAUCGUACCCUACCAUCCAGCAAGUUGCGACACUAGUAAGGUUACCAUCGCCCUUUCUGAGUGCUCCAAGUGAUCGAUCGAAGGGAAGUGGGGAACCGAUCAUCGCCACCCCUCAAGAGGUUACAAAAGAACUACCCAAAGACCAAACGAAAUGUCACGAUUUGAAUCUGUCGCUCUUGCAGAUCGAGAAGAUAUUAGGUCGCUUGCCGACCAAUCCUCCUCGUCGACCACAUGGGGUUGAGCCUGGCGAAGACAGUGCCCAAUCUACCCGCUCCCCUAGCAUCCUAACCAAACCUCUCAGUCUUCCCCAUUUCCAACCAUCCUCGUCUUCGGUCACCCCUUCCAUUUCAACGGCUGUUUCGCCCAACCUCUCAUUUCCUGCUCCGACAGGCAAGUCCUUCGACUUGACCUCCCUUGAAUUAUGCCACUUGGUUGGCCAUUCUAAGAGCGGCCCACUCAAGCGCCCCCCUUGCCUGUUGGAUCUCGUCGCCGGUCAAGAUUGUUUUGAAAAACUCCCAGAGAAAUUGUUUGGUGAGGAACCCUUGUCCGUUUAA